CCCUGACCCCUCCAAAAGCUAUCCAUAUUUUAUAAGAGGGUUGAAUAGACUUUUCAAAGAUUGAGUAUAUUUUUUUUAAUUUAGAUGUUAUUUAAAAAUUUUUAUGCAGCCUCCCUCCCUACCAGUGAAUUUUAAAAGAUACUUCCUGGGAUUCUAGUUCAUAAUUGGUGCAUGUUUUGUUUUUCUGUUGCUAAAGUCAUCCUCCCUCCCUCCUUGCCCAUUUGGGUACCCAUAGUCCCUGCAGAUUGCUCUUUUAAUACUUGUAGUUUUUAAUUAAAAACAUGAUCCAUAUUUACUUAUAUUUAAUAAAAUGAAUACAUUUUAACUUUAAUAGUUACCAUAUAUUGUGCCUACUUAUUAUGUUCUAGGCCCUAAGGUGAGCGAUUAUGCAUAUUCUCAAUCUAGAUGACAGUUCUUUGGAGUUACUUAACUGCAGUUACAGUAUCGAAAAAGCUCUUAAAACUGAACUUUUUUGUUACUUUUUUGGUGACUAUUUCAUCUGUUUAUCUAUCAAACCUUUACAUCUACUUAUCCCAUUUAGUGUGAAUUUUCUUUCAUUUCAUUGCUGAAGUAUUAGUAUGCUUGAUGAUAGGCUGCUUGUUACCUCAAAAACCAGAAAAAUUCUGAACUGGGAAGCCUGUCUAUCUCCACAGGGUUCUGAAAAGAGCGUAUGGAGCUGUCAGCUCCUCCUCUCCCUUAGUGGGGAGUGGAGGUAGAAGAAAGAGGAUAAGUAACUUGAUGAAACGGAGGUAGUGGUCGUAGCAGCAGCAGUGAGGAACCUGACUUUGGUUAACUGCACGGAUUCAUGUACUGGCUCUACUACGAACCAGCCGUGUGAUCGUGGGAAGAUCACUUAACCCUGUCUAAAAUGGGGACAGGUCUAACACUUCACUAAAAGCGUUGUGGUGAUGAAAUCAAUUAGUGAAAAUAAGUAUAUAUUAGAAUAGUUGUUAGCAUAUAGUAAGUGCUAUAUGUAUUAACUAAGUGGCAGAUGUAAGCAAUAUGGGUUUGCUUGACUAGACACUCACCCUAAAUCCUGUUAUGUUGCAGUGUAAUCUUUACCUUUAAAACACCUUAAAAGGACCGUAGAAGCUUCAGGUAAUAUCUGUGACGUAUAACUUGGCCUUUUAAUAAAGAAGAGUGACAUUUACAUUUUACUAGGGAAUGAGUAAGUAGGAGAUGCUUGCAAAAUAUAUGGUGUGGUGUAUUUUUUUUUUUUUUUUUUUUUUUUUUACGCACUGCCGCUUGGGGCAGAUGGCUUUUGAGGAAAUUUUGGGCUUUGUCAUGAAGAAAAAGUUACAGUCUCAGAGAAAUUUAGUCCUUAUAGUGUUUCUACUUACUAUAUGCUUUUAAAACAUUGAAUAGGGCUUAGCUUUGAGAAUGACAUAUUUCAGUGAGAGAAAAGAAUAUAAUUUUGUGCUUUUCUUUACACUUAUUAAAUGAUAGAACCAGACUAGCAUGGCUGAGCCUGUUUUUAUUUUUUUAAAUUUGUUUGAGAGGGAAAGCACAAGCAGGGGAAGAGCAGAGGUUGGGGGGGGGGGGUGCGGGGAGAGCUGAACCUUGGUCCUGUGACUGUGAGAUCAUGACCCUAGCUGAAACCAACAGUCAGUUACUUAACUGACUGAGCCACCCAGGUGUCUCUGAGCUAAAGUUUUAUCAAAAUGAUGGAGACACUUCCGAUCCCAUCACUGUACAAUCAGAAGCCUUCAUUGGUCUUGUUCUUUUUGGGGGGGGGCAAUUAAAAUGUUUAGUUUUGAGAGUGUGAGUUGGGGAGUGGCAGAGAGCAAGAGAGAGGGGCAGAGAGAGAGGAUCCAAAACAGGCUCUAUGCUGACAGCAGAAAGCCCAACUCAGGGCUGGAACUAAGGAACCUCAAGAUCAUGACCUGAGCCAAAGUCAGAUGCUUAGUGAACUGAGCCAUCCAGGUGCCCCUUUCUUGGUUUUGUUUUAAGUGACUAGUUUUCUCCCUUCACCAUCGUCUCACCGAACUUUCAUAGCAGUGCCCUCCCUCAUGCACAGUGUCUCCGGCAUGCGUUCUCUUUCCGCCAGAUGGAUUAUCUUUGUUAUUGCCUGUGUAAGCUGAAUUCUUACCCCUCUCCUAUGGAAUAGGGAAUCAGGUUGCUCUGUGGUGACUCCUAGUGCAUCUGGUCAUCUGCUGAUUUUUUUUGUGACACCUGUUCACUGUUUCUCUUUCUUUCUUUCCUUCCUUCCUUCCUUCCUUCCUUCCUUCCUUCCUUCCUUCCUUCCUUCCUUCCUUCCUUCCUUUCUUUCUUCUUUCAUUUUUGAGAGAUAGAACAAGUGUGGGAGAGGCAGAGAAAGAGGGAGACAUAGAAUCUGAUGCAGGCUCCAGGCUCUGAGUUGUCAGCACAGAGCCUGGCCUGGGGCUCAAACCCACCAGCUGUGAGAUCAUGACCUGAGCCGAAGUUGGACACUUAACUGACUGAGCCACCCAGUCGCCCCAGUGUUUCACUUUUUUAAACCAGCUUAAAUUGGUUACCAGCAUUCACAAAUGGGUAACCACUUUUUACCACUCCUUGUUUCACUCUUCAGUAAAUCUGUCUAGGUCCUUCUCGGUGUAGGCCAUUUCCUGCAAAGCUCAUUGCCUGGUCACUAAUCCACUGUGAUUUCUUCCCUCUCAAGUCUGUAGUUUCUUUGGGCAACAAGUAUUACAUUCUGGUCUUGCCUACUGAAGUUGGGUUCUAGGACUGAGGCUUGGUUUUAUACUGUGAAUAAUUAGCAUAGUUGUAUCUGAAUAUAGAUUUUGUGCUUAGUGGUACUUGAAGUGCAUUUGUUGGCAUUUCUGCUUAAGUAGGACAAGUUUUUGUUUUUAAGUAGGCUGCACAUCAGUGUGAGGCUUGAACUUAUGACCCUGAGAUCGAGAGUUGCGUGCUCUACUGACUGAGCCAGCCUGGUGCCUCCAAUUUUUCUUUUUUAUGUACUUUCUUUGCUUAAAUGUUUUGGUGGAGUUGAGGUGAACUAAAUUUAAGAUUAUACCUUUUAAAAACUAAUUUAGAAAAUUUUUUUAAUGUUUAUUUAUUUUUGAGAGACAGCGCAAGUGGGGAAGGGGCAGAGAGAGGGAGACACAGAAGCCGAAGCAGGCUCCAGGCUCUGAGCUGUCAGCACACAGCCCGAUGUGGGGCUCGAACUCACAAACUGCGAGAUCAUAACCUAAGCCGGAGUCGGGAGCUUAACCGACUGAGCCACCCAGGUGCCCCAAUUAAUUUUUAAAACCUUUUUAUCUUAAAAUAAUUUCAAACACAGCAGAGAACUCUUAUAAUAAGCCCUUUAUCUAGAUUCACUAAUUUUUUAGCAUUUUGCCAUGUUUGCUUUAUUAUUCUUUAAAUGUAUUUUUUUCUUGAACUAUUUUGAGAGUAGGUUGCAUACAUCAUUGUCCUUUACCUCUUAAUACUUGUGCAUUUAUUUCUUAAAUCAAUAUAGUUUUCAAAUCCAGGAAACAUUCACAGAGGACUUUAAUUUGCAGCCCAUAUUUCAUUUUGUCAAUUUUCCCAAUAAUGUCCUUUAAAGCUUUUUUCCUCCUCCAGUAAAUGACCAUGUAUUGUAUUUAGUUGCCAUAUAAUAUAGUCUACAUGUAAUAGGGACUUUUCCUCAAUAUUGGUUUGUCUGAUAGUUGCUUACAUGAGGUUCAAGCUAUACAGGCAGGGCGGUGUUCUCAGGGCACCACGUCUGCAGGCACAUAAUCCUUAUUUGCCCUCAUUGGUGCUGUUCACUUGGAUUGUCCUCAGGUCAAGGUAUUGUUCUGUUAUUCCUCAGUGUAGUGACUCUUUCCCUUGCACUAAUCAUUCCAUUACUACCAUGAAAAUAUACUGCUCAUCAAACUUUUCCCUUCUGUAUUAGGUAGAUAUAUAAUUAAAAAUUCUUUUUAAAUUUUAAAAGGCGCAUAUUGUGUUCCAUCCUAACCAGUUUUAAGUGUGUAGUUCUGUAACUAGUGUUAAGUAGGUUCACGUUGUUGUGAAACAGAUCUCCAGAACUUUUCAGUCUUCUAAAACUAAAACUCUAGACCCAUGAAAUAACUCCCCAUUUCCCCUUCCCCCAGCCCCUGACAACCACCAUUCUACUUUGUUUCUCUGAAUUUGACUGACUUAGAUGUCUUAUAGUGGAAUCAUAUGGUAUCUGUUUUGACUUGUUGCACUUAGCAUAAUGUCAAGGUUUAUCUUUAUCUAUGUUGUAACAUGUGACAAUUUACAUUUUAAGGCUGAAUAAUAUUCCAUUGUAUGUACAUACCGCAUUUUAUUUACCCAUCUGUCUUUUGAUGGGCACUUGGAUUGUUUCCACUUCUUAGCUAUUGUGAAUAAUGCUGCUAUGAACACGGGUGUGCAGUAAUCUCUUUGAGACCCUGUUUUCAGUUAUUUUGGAUAUAUACCCAGAACUGUGUGUACAGGCGUGAAGUUUUAAUUUUGGGGGGCUUAGAGGCACAUUUUUAUUUUGUAAAAUUUUCUGUUGUGUACAGCUUAUUAAUUUCAUUUGUCCUAAGAUUAACAUGGUAAGAUUAACCUAAGAUUUGACAUGGUAACCAAUCUCCAGAGAUGUAAUGUGAACCAAAAUCGUGCUUUACGGUUUCCUCCUUCAUGAGUUAGCCUGCUGCUAAUUUAAGGAAGAAGUAAUUUCUGAAAACAUCUACUUGAGUUGAAAUAAAUCAGGAUUAUUAUUUUUCAAGUGGUUAACUGCAUAUAAUUUUUUCCUACUGUAGAUUCUUUAAGAGAACAUAAUUCUGGGAAGGAAGAGUUUAUUUUUGUUUUCUGUUUAUUGGAGGGAGGUCUAGUUCAGCCAGAACACUGGGGUCUGUCUCAGCUAACCUCCUGAAUUAUUUUCUGAGUGUUGAAUUCCUCGGGACCCCUGUUUGCUUGCCUAAAAUAGUAAUACCUUAGUUUUUUGUUUCUUUAUUUUUACUGUACAAUAUUUUUAAAAGAAUUUCCUCCUACAGUUGGAGCUUGGCAACCAGAAUUUGAAGGAAGAAAAUGAGAAUCAGUUGUGCACUGUUAAACUGUUGUAAACAGGAAGGAAAAGAGUAUAAUCCUAGGUCAGAGAUGAGGUGAUUGAGGUUGCUGUGAAGUUAAUGCAGAUAAACAAAAUACCGGCAUUUAAAAAACACUUUCAGAAUAAGAGGUUUGGGCCCCAUGGGAUCCCUGUGACAGUAUUUCCCAAAAGGGAAUAUAAGGACAAACCUGAAGCCAUGCAGCUCCAAAGUAAUACAUUCCAAGAAGGGACGGAAGUCAAGCGUGAAGUGAACGGUGCUGUUCCUGAUGACCCUUCUCCAGUCUCGCCUCCCGAGCCGAGCCUGGCUGAAAGCCUGUGGACUUGCAAACCACCACCUCUCUUCCAUGAAGGAGCACCUUAUCCUCCCCCUUUGUUUAUCAGGGACACAUAUAACCAGUCAAUACCUCAGCCACCUCCUCGGAAAAUCAAGCGACCCAAACGAAAAAUGUACAGGGAAGAGCCUACUUCAAUAAUGAAUGCUAUUAAACUACGACCCAGGCAAGUCCUGUGUGACAAAUGUAAAAACAGUGUUGUUGCUGAAAAAAAGGAAAUUAGAAAAGGUAGCAGUGCAAGUGACUCUUCUAAAUACGAAGACAAGAAACGGAAAAACGAAAGUGUAACUACUGUGAACAAAAAACUGAAAACUGACCAUAAAGUGGAUGGGAAAAACCAAAAUGAAAGCCAGAGAAGAAAUACUGUGGUUAAGGUUUCCAGUAUUGCUCACAGCAGAGGCAGAGUAGUCAAAGUUUCUGCUCAGGCAAAUACAUCAAAAGCUCAGUUAAGUACUAAAAAAGUGCUCCAGAGUAAGAACAUGGAUCAUGCAAAAGCUCGGGAAGUGUUGAAAAUUGCCAAAGAAAAGGCACAGAAGAAGCAGAGCGAAACCUCUACAUCCAAAAAUGCACACUCAAAAGUCCAUUUCACACGUCGAUAUCAGAGUCCUAGCUCAGGUUCCCUUCCACCCCGGGUUCGUUUAAAACCACAGAGGUACAGGAAUGAAGAGAAUGACUCUUCUUUGAAGACAGGACUUGAGAAAAUGCGGAGUGGCAAGAUGGCACCCAAGCCCCAGUCUCGCUGCACCUCCACCCGCUCAGCAGGUGAGGCCCCUUCAGAAAAUCAGAGUCCCUCAAAAGGCCCCGAAGAGGCCAGCAGUGAGGUUCAGGACACCAAUGACGUGCUUGUGCCUGGUGAGCGGGAUGAACCACAGACACUGGGCAAAAAGGGCAGCAAAAGCAGUAUCUCUGUUUACAUGACCCUAAAUCAAAAGAAACCUGACUCUUCCAGUGCUUCCGUGUGUAGCAUUGAUAGCACAGAUGAUUUGAAAUCCUCCAACUCUGAGUGUAGUUCUUCUGAAAGCUUUGAUUUUCCUCCAGGCAGUAUGCAUGCACCUUCCACCUCCUCCACUUCCUCCUCUUCAAAGGAAGAGAAAAAGCUCAGUAAUUCCUUGAAAAUGAAAGUCUUUUCCAAAAACGUCUCUAAAUGCGUCACACCAGAUGGCAGGACCAUAUGUGUAGGGGACAUUGUUUGGGCCAAGAUCUAUGGCUUUCCUUGGUGGCCAGCCCGUAUUCUUACUAUAACUGUGAGCCGGAAAGAUAGCGGCCUUUUAGUCCGACAGGAGGCCCGUAUUUCAUGGUUUGGGUCUCCAACAACCUCUUUUCUUGCUCUUUCGCAACUCUCCCCCUUUUUAGAAAACUUCCAGUCACGCUUUAAUAAGAAGAGAAAGGGCCUGUAUCGCAAGGCUAUCACAGAGGCGGCUAAGGCUGCCAAGCAGCUGACCCCUGAAGUGCGGGCUCUGUUGACACAGUUUGAAACGUGAACAUGGACAGUAAGGUAGGCAAGAACCAUCGGAAGGCGCCACAGAUUUUCUAGUCUAGUUAGGAGUAACUUCUACAAAAUAGCUUGGCCAAAUCGGAGAGAGAAAUUGUGCUCAGUUGGCUGCUUUUUUAUACUUACCUUAUAGCCAUUUUUAGACUGAGAAGUUAAAAUUGAACAAGCAAUCAAUUUGUCUUAAGGAAGUGAGAUUUCAGCAGUAUUUUUCAGUUUUGAAGUCAAACCAUCCCAAGGCAUAGGAGCCAUAGCCUCAACUGAAAAUGAAUUUUUGCAGGGACUGUUAGUUGCCAUUUGUACCUUGUACUGUAUGUGUGUAUAUUUAUAUAUAUAUACACACACACAUACAUAUAUGUGUGUAUAUGCAUACAUACAUAUAUACAUACAUACACACAUACACAUAUAUAUGUAUGUGUGUAUAUAUAUAUAUAAGAUAGAGCCUGUCACUAUGUGACACAGGUUGCAUAUUUGGGAUUGCAGUAAGGGCUGGUGAGCUGGGGGCGGGGGGUGGUAAUAGUGUGGAUAUUUAAUGACGUCUUGUUUUUAAUUAAUGAACACUUAGCCUUUCUAUGUGCAUAAUGGCGCAAGAGUUUGAUACUUAGGUGUUUGACAGACUGAGAUGCUUGCUAUUCAGUUGCAGACUGGGGAAAGAGCCCGGUAUUUGGGGUUAAGACUUUCAAGGCUGACUAGGUUUUUGAAUCAUCACUCUCUUUUGUCCAAUGGGGAUUUAACAAAAACUUUCAAAUUUCUGGUUUGGGAGUUUAGGUAGGUUUGUCUUUGGAUGUGUAAAUAGUUGAUUGCUAAAUUUGGUCAGAUUUCUCCUGACUGGCUGUUCCUAAAUUCUUAGGAUACGUCCUGGUAAAUUACACUUUGUGAAUUAAUUGUCAUAUGUGUAAUUGUUGCAUUUUGGAUGUACCUAAUUUGAUAAUUUUUAAAAGAUAUUUCCGUUUAAGGUAUCUGUUUGCAGGUCAGAAAAUGAGAAAAUGUAAUUGUGUAAUGCUCUGAAAUGUAAAAAAAAAAAAAAAAAAAGCUGUAAAUAAAAUCGACUAAAUC